UUUGAGGGCAUUCCCAUGAUGCACUUGCGCACUUAGCAUUGUGGGAUUUACUCUACAGCGAGAAAAUUUUCGCUUCAUGUCGAUGACACAAACCACAGCAAGAUAGUGUAACUAAAAGAAGAAAACCUUUUUUUCAUCAUUUUUACUUUGUACGUGCUCUUGGUGUGCUGGUUUGAAAUCUAGCAGCAUACUGGACGCAAAGACAGGGAAGGGUGGUGCUUCUCCACACUUAGGAGGACGAAAUUGUUGAAAGUUCAAGAAGUCGAUUUUUACCUAGGAGAGCAUAGAGAUUAAAUGAGAGUUGUGGACGAGAGACCACCCACUCUCUCAGGCCCAGGUGCGCACACACCUGUUGCUAAGAAAAGAUGGAUUCCUCCAAGCAGUGUGAAAAGAGAGGUCCCAGCCCAAGAGGACAAAAAUGAUGUUGUAUUUCGUAGAGUCAGAGGAAUUCUCAACAAACUUGCACCUGAGAAGUUUGAUAAGUUGAGUCUUGAGCUUCUGAAUGUGGGCAUUGACACACAAGUCAUCCUUAAGGGAAUAAUUUUACUGAUUUUUGAAAAAGCAUUAGAUGAACCGAAAUACAGCUCCCUCUAUGCCCAGCUCUGCCACAGACUAUGUGAGGACGCACCCAACUUCGAACCUCCCCAGUCCAACAUCACAACCUUCCGCCGGCUGCUUUUGAACAAGUGCCAAGAUGAGUUCGAGAACAGGUCCCGUGCAACUGAAGUGUUCGACAAGAAGGAUGCGCCACUUUCAACCGAAGAACAUGAACAGUACCAUCUGGCAAAGAAGAAAAUGCUUGGAAACAUCAAAUUCAUUGGCGAGCUUGGGAAGCUUCAGAUGCUGCACGAGGGGAUUCUACACAAGUGCAUCAAACAACUUCUGGAGAAGAAAAGAAACACACCUAUACGGGACAUGGCCGAGGAUCUCGAGUGUCUCUGUCAGAUAAUGCGGACCGUCGGCCCUCGUCUGGACUCACCCAAGGCGAAGGCAUGGAUGGAUCAGUACUUUGAACGAGUCAGGCUCUUCAGCCAGAAUCUCGAGUUGCCGUCUAGGAUUCGUUUCAUGCUUCAAGAUGUGAUAGAACUACGCGAGAAGAAGAGAUGGGUACCUCGGCGAGUGGCUUUGGACAACGGACCUAAAACAAUCACUCAGAUUCGACAGGAGGCAGUUGAUGAACUUGGUGUAUUUAUUCCUCCACCAUCAGCUCAGAACCGCGGCCAGGCAUUGAUGGGGGGUCGUGCAAUGAACGGGACAAUGGGAGGAGGAGGAGGAGGGGGGAGCUGGAAGCAAGGGGGCAUGGGGGAUCUCUUCAGUAUGCCACCGCCAGGAACCAUGGGAAAUUUCAACUCUAUUGGGACUGGCCCUGGUGUGAUCCAAGUGGACAACUUUGCUUCCAGUUAUCAGAAUAGCAUGGGACGAAACAGGAACAACCAACAGAAUCAAGGAUUUAAUAACAACUUCAUGAAUCGCCGGCCAGACAGUGGAGGUAACAGUCCGCGUAACCAGCGUCACAAUCAGCAGAACCAGCAGCAACAACAGCAACAGCAGCAGCAGCAGCAGCAGGGGAAUCCAGGCAACAAUCAACAGAGUCAAUACUACAACAAACAGCAACAGCAGCAACAGGGACAGAAUCAACAAGCUACUGGCAACCGAGACUUGCCACCAAGAUUCCAGCGCAUGUCGAUCAACCACAGUCCCCCAUCCACAUCCCCAAUCUCGGGAAGUAACAAGAUGUCAAGGGAGGAGGUCAGCCUUCGCCCAGUCAAGAACUUCACAGUCCUCAAGCCUAACACUCCAGGCAUGCUUCCCAAGUCGGCUCAAGGCCCAUCAUCCAUGGGGGGCUUCUCCAGCCUCAACUCUGGGAGCAAUAAGUCGGGAUCGACGGCACUCAACCCCUUGCUUAGUAAACAGCCUCUGAUAACUAUCAAACAGAACAGUGAAGAUAAGAGUAAAUCCAAGAAGAAGGAAUGCAUCUCUAAGGAAGAACUUCAGAAGACUGUGACGAGCCUUCUUUCUGAUUAUCUCGGAAACAACAACAAGGCAGAUGUUGCUACACAAAUCAAGGACAUGUCUAUUCCGAAGAAGCUGAUUAGAGAUCUCUUAUCCCAACUGCUGGUUGAAUCCGUGGACAAGAGUGAAACUGAGCGGGACCGUGUUAUGGAGCUGAUAUCUGAAUUGAAGAAGGAUGGAUUUAUCACAACAGAACAGUUCAUGGAUGCUGUGCUGCAGAUGUUCCUUCAUGAGAGGCUGGAGCUGCAGGUCAGCGCCCUCUAUGCCACGCAGGUCUUCUGCCACAACCACCAAUUUCCCAAAGGCAUGCUGCUUCGUUUCUUCGUGUACUACUAUGACAUGGAGAUCUUGGACGAGGAGUCCUUCCUCCGCUGGAAAGAAGAAGUCAAUGACAAAUAUCCAGGCAAGGGGAAAGCACUCUUCCAGGUGAACCAGUGGCUGACAUGGCUAGAACAAGCUGAAGAGGAGAGUGAGGAAGAAGAGGACGACCAGUAGGCCAGGAAGCUGUUGCCUGCCUACAACUGUUGAAGAGGAGGAGGAAGAAGAGAACACUUACUUGUGACUAUAUUGGUUUUAAGAUGCAGAAACAUGAAAAUUUGUUUUUAAGAAACUUUAUGAAGAGGAAUGUUUAAGUUGAAAAAAAAAACAAGCUUGUGCCAGUUUGCCACUAGAAUACUUGCUGCAUCAGCUGGAGUGGAUCAGUGUGUACCUCACAUGUGUGUUGUGUCAUCAGAAGAUGUGUAUUGUGUCAUCAGAAUAUGUGUACCCCACCAUCAGUUGUGUGUGCAUGUGUGAUGGGUACUCCAAUGCUGUGAUGUGCAUGUUGAUUGGCUGGUCCAAAUUCACCAUGGAAACAAGACCUUCCUGUGUCCAUUCUUUGGAUAGCCUUCCGGCUGACAGAACUGCAUGUUAACUGCUUUUCAACUUCUUAUACCCAAAGCCUAGAGGAAGGUUUGUUUUGUACUACCUGAUAUUUUAUAUUAUAGACUUUAUAUAGACCUCAUGUGUAAAAAUUCACAAGAAGAAAGCUAGAUCAUAUCCAAUAGCACUCAUCAAUCAACUCAUGAAGUUAAUUUUCAGAAAUGUUGACAAUUGCAACAGUUGUCUACUUUCUUCCUGUGGAUGUAAAAAACAAAAAUAAUUGUAUGUAAAUUUUAAUUCCCGAACAAAAAUUAUGAAUUACAAAUUUUUAACCUGCUUACAACUGUAUAGGCCAGACAAAUUGAUUAGACAAACAAAAAAUUUCCAUGCACAAAAUCAAACAUUCUUUGCAAAGUUUUAGCAUUUUUACCUCCUUUGUAUGAUACUACUUGUAACUGAGGUGGAGGGUAGGGUUCAUUAAUAAUGAGCGUGAACCCUGUGCUACCAUGCCCAACAGAUUAGUGUCGAUGUACAACAAACUCGUGUACUCAUACUAACACCCAAAUUAUGUAAAAUACUCAAAAUAUUUAAUAAUCACGAUUGUUAGCCCUCAUUCAGUAUAAGGGCAAUCCCGAUUUCCCCUGGAGUUUGUUGCACAUGUCACCAUUGAUAAGUUCUCUUAGAUUCUGCCAGUGUUUAGCUUGGCUAGAGUUAACUCCCCUGUUGGACAAGAUCUGUGAGUGUCUGAAAUAUUGUGUUAUUUAUUUCAUGUCAAAUGUGUAUACAUUUUUUUAUCAAUAUGAAUGUUUAUUGUAAUUUCAUGGGUAUUAAGUCAUCAUGCCGUUUAAAUUGUCAAAUUGUACUUAAGGUGUUUCCACACAAAUAGUUUAUAAGCACUGUUUUUGCAUAGAAAUCUUGCUGUUAAAUCCCUAAUUAUUAUUGUUCCAUACAAGCUGUUCCUCUAGUGAAUCUUUUCAACAUUUUUCCUCCUUCCCCAUUUUUUUUUUCUCAUUUUUUUUUUUUUUCGGUGAAGGAAUGCUUCUUAUACAUCUAGUCAUAGGGCAUGUGACAUUUCAUGUUCUCAUUUCAAGACCAGGUAUAGGUCAAUAUAAAGGACAAGUGCAUGGCUCUUUCCCACGAGUUCAUAUGAAGUCCUUUUUAGUUUGGCAAGAAACACUACGUUCAACCAUUAUCAGAUAGAUAAGCGUUGCAAUUUACAUGGAAAUGGGUUUUUAACACAAUUUUAAUAUGUACUACAAAUGUCAAAUUCAGAUCAGACCACUUUAACUUCACACUUUUCUAUAAGAAACAUAUAGUAUGUUUUUAUUUAUAAGUGCAAUAUUUUUUCUUGGACACGUUUUCGACCUCUUUAUCAUUGUUUUCGAUGCUUUUGUGUGAAAGGUUUCUAAAUUCUCAUCCCUAAAAUCUCCGAGGUUCAUAGGAAUAGUACCACCAUUGAACCCAGGAGACCUACUAAUGUAUUAAAACAGGGCCAGUGCUUUUUGGAGGUUAUACUUAAGGAAUUAAGGCCUUAAUCUGUCUGGUGGACCACUGUAUCUUGUUGAAUAGCUGUUUGUGUACAUGCCACAUUUAUGUCUGGUAAUAAACUUAAUAUGAAUAA